AUGAGUCUUGGAAAGUGUUGCGUUACCACCUUCAAGCACGAGGGAACCUCUACAGGAAAAAUCACCACGGUGGCUGGUGUGGAGUCUUAUGUGGCUGGAGCUGAGAAUGGCUUCGACAAGGUGGUGGUUAUUCUCACCGAUAUUUAUGGUCCUAAACUUAUUAACACCCAAUUGAUUGCUGACCAGUUUGCUGAGCAGUUGAAGGCGCAGGUUGUUGUGCCAGAUCUCUUUAACAAUGACCCUUACAAUCCUGAGAGUGGUAUUGAACUUAUGGACUGGUUGAAGAACCACGGCAUCGAGGGAUCCAAAAAAUUCACCAAAACCUUCUUGGAGAACCUUACCAAAGAGUCGUCGCCCAAGGAGAUUUUUGGUGUGGGUUACUGCUAUGGUGCUCCAUUGGUGCUUGAGAACUUGGUUGAAGGUGGAUUUUUCAAGCUGGGAGCCAUCGCUCAUCCUUCUUUCACCACCCCAGAGGAAUACUCCAAGGUGGCCAAACCCUUACUCAUUUCGAGUGCUCCCGAUGACGAGUUGUUCGUCCCCGAGUUGAGAACGAAGGCAAUUGAGGUUUUGACUGCCAACAAAACGUGGUUCCUUGUGAACCUCUUUGAGGGUGCUCCCCAUGGUUUUGCCGUUAGAGGUGACUUGUCGCAGCCCAAAGUCAAGUUUGCGAAAGAAAAGGCGUUCGCGGACGUGGUGCUUUGGUUCCAGCAGUAA